GCAGAGAGAGAGACUGCUGCUGCUUUACUGUGACGAAGCUUUUACAUUCGUGAUUCUGGAGAGUUAACAUGGCUGAAGUGCCUCGGAAAACGUCUAUUCUCGUCAUUGGUGGCGGGCCUGCGGGGAGCAGUGCUGCCGCCUUGCUUGCUCGUGAGGGGCAUGAAGUUACCCUCCUCGAGAGUGCCAAGUUUCCCAGGUAUCAUAUAGGAGAGUCAAUGCUGCCGUCCUUGGGGAACUACCUGGAUUUCAUUGGCGUGAAAGAGGAGUUUGUGAAGCACGGUUUCUUGGUCAAGCCUGGCGCGUGCUUCAAGUUGGUCCCAAAGCUUCGCGAGAGCUACACGGACUUUCGCGCUCUCGGUCCAGACUACCAGACAUGGAACGUUAUUCGUUCCGAGAUGGAUGAUAUCCUCUUCCGCCACGCUAAGGCCCAAGGAGCUCAGACGUUCGAUGAAACAAGAGUGGAGAACAUCGAGUUCGAAGGGGAUCCCAAGAGUUCUCGUCCCGUGGCUGCCAACUGGACUCGGAAAGAUGGAACCUCGGGGAAGAUUGAGUUCGACUGGCUCAUUGACGCUUCAGGACGGGCGGGUCUCAUGUCGACGAGGUAUCUCAACAACCGGAAGAUGAGGGAGAAUCUGCGGAACGUUGCUGUUUGGGGCUAUUGGAAAGACUGCAAGCGGUAUGGCGAGGGUACCAAGAAGGCCAACUCUGCGUGGUUCGAAGCGUUAACUGACGAGACAGGCUGGGCAUGGGUUAUCCCUCUCCACAAUGGCACGACUUCGAUUGGCAUUGUCAUGCACAUCACCAACUCGAACAAGAAGAAGAGUCAGCUGGGUCCAGACGGGAAGAAGUUGUCACUGACUGAACACUAUCUGGACCAGCUUCAAUACGUCCCAGGUGUUCGCGAACUCAUUGGAGAGAAUGGAAGUUUCAUCCCAGACAGCACCCGUAGCGCAUCAGACUUCAGUUAUUCAGCUAAACGGUACUCGGGAGACCAUUUCCGCAUAAUUGGAGAUGCAGCUAACUUUGUGGACCCGUUCUUCUCCUCUGGGGUCCACAUCGCAAUGACUGGUGGUUUAUCAGCUGCCUUGACUAUCUGUGCGUCUAUCAAGGGGGAGGUAAGCGAGCCUAUGGCCCAGGCAUGGCAUGACGCCAAAGUCGGAAUCUCGCAUACACGAUUCCUUUUUGUCGUUCUGGGAGCCUAUAAGCAAAUGCAUCUGCAGAAAGAACUGGUGUUGGGCGAUGUCAGCGUGGAAAACUUUGACGGUGCAUUCGAGAUGUUCAGACCAGGUGGGCACUCUUCCCUCAUUCAUAUCCUCUACAUGCUGAUACAGAAGCUCUCGCUGCCGAUGAUAGUCAUCUUCGGCUUAGCCGACAGUCAGAAAAAGCUUACGGACGCCACCGUCCGCGAUGUCAUGGAAGUUUGCGAAAGGUACUUUGACCCGUUAGUGGACGAAGAUAAGGUCCUCCAUACCCGGCAGCGAUAUGGGGCGGAGCUCAUGAAAUUCAGCUCGCCACCCCUCGGAAAAGAUAACAUUAUAAAGCUUGUUGGGGACGAUCCUGAUAGUGAGCGCGUUCUGAGAAAAUUUGACGCAAUAAAGAUUUUCAGCGAGGAAGUGGAGGCUGCGUAUAUGGGGAAGAGCGCUGUUCUAGGUUACAGGGCGAGGGUCGAGCGAGGUAAUUUGGGACUGAACAGAAGUCUUCCCGACAAUGAUACCCCUGAUGUGUUAGUUGCAGUUCCAUAG